AUGAAUUUCAUCAAUACAACCUCGACUCCAACUGAUCAUUUACCCAUCAGCCAAUGGGCAUGGCCAUUAAGAUCAAUUAUUGUACUGACAAUAUGUGGUACGAUCACUAUAUUGACAAUAUUAGGAAACGGUCUAGUAUUAAUAUCAGUUAAACUUCGUUUUCACGCUCGAUCCUAUUCGGAUUAUUUCAUUGUCAGCUUAUGUUUAGCGGAUUUUUUUGUUGGUCUAUUUGUCAUGCCAUUUAUGACAAUGCAUUCCAUACAUUCACGUUGGCCAUUUCAUUAUCGCCUUUGUUACAUAUGGAUGUCAAUUGAUUUUACUUGUUCAACAGCAUCUUUUCUAACACUUGCAUCAAUGGCAUUAGAUCGAUAUUAUGCAUUGACAACACCAUAUUUUCAUUUACGUAAUCGAUCCUACUCAUCUGUAUUAAUUUUUAUUAUAAGCUCCUGGGCAAUACCAUUUGCCAUAUGGCCAUGUUCAAUAUUUCUUGCACAUCAAUUUAGUUCAACAAAACCGGCGUGCGUUCAUCCGGCAAAUCCACUUAUUAUUGUUGUACUAUGCAUAUGUUUUUACUAUAUUCCACUUCUAUUCAUGUUGGGUUGUUAUUCAAGAAUUAUAGCUAAUAUAAAAAAUAUUGAGUCCAUGAUCAAAAAUACUUGGUGUACAUAUAAAUUCGAUUCUAUCGACGAAGAUUGUAAAUCUGCAACAACAGCUUCUAAAGAUUAUGGUCGUAUCGGAUCUCACGAUAAAAAUAAUAACACCAUAACAGCAUCACUAUUAUCGGCGCAAUCGAACUCAACAUUAUGUUCGUACGUCUUACGAUAUUUUCAACGAAAUUCUUCAAAAGAAUCAAGUCAAAAUUCGGCAACACCGAGAAGCGAAGGUUUAUAUUUUACACAAAACAUUCCAGUGAAUUGUCAAAUUCGACGUGUAACUCUCGUUAAUCAAGGAAUGAUAACAAAUACUACAUUGCCGGGUAUUGGUCAACGUCCCAAUCGGCAAACAACAACAGCAACAUUUACCGGACAAAAACGUUGUUUAAACGAUCUUGCUGAAGAUAAUCGUUCGAAACCUGAUUUAUUAAUUGGUCAAGAUGAUGAUCAAUUUUAUCGUCCUCGUCUCAGUAGUCGUACAUCAUCGCUACCAGCAGCUCGAUGUAUAUCUUACUAUAAUUAUCAAAAUCCAAUACCGGUGCAAACACGAAUGAUUGAUGAUCAACAUCAUUCACGAUUAAAUUCUUUAGCAAACGAACGAAGUCGAUCUCAGUCACAUUCGUCUAGUCAAGGCAAUGGCAAUGGUGGUCUCGCAGCACUAGAUGCAUCCGAUCAUAGUUCGUCAUUUGAAAAUGGUCUCGAUGACGAGCAUCGACGAUUAAAUCGACGUCAUCAACCAGCAAUUUUAUCCACAUCGUAUAAUUCAAGCCGUUUUAGUCAACGAGCUGUAGCAAAAUUUAUGCACGAAAGAAAUAAAGCAAGAUUAAGACGAAAUCAAAAAGCAAGUCGAAUGCUUGGCAUUUUACUUGCUGUCUUUCUUAUUUGUUGGCUUCCGUUUACAAUAUCUUAUCCGGCUAUGAUAUUCUAUCACAAUGGAUUUCCUCCGCAACUCGAAAGUAUUAUAUUCUGGUUUGGUUAUGUUAAUUCGUUACUCAAUCCAUUUCUCUAUGUAUAUAGUUCACGUAAUUUUCGUCAAGCAGUUAUUGAAACCUUAUGUUGUUUUGCACGAUUAAGAUCGAAGAAAAACUUACGAUAUCAAUGGUCACUUCGGGAUUAA